CGCCAGCAGCAUACAUCCACCCAUCCCCUGGCGGUUCUCACACGCUCUUCACACAUCAGAUACCUUACUUGCGCAAAGUUUGACGCGUUCAAGCACAUAUUUAUUCCACACAGCAACACCAUCGACCAUCACAUAACUCGCGAACACCAUGUCCAAAUACGACAACGCGCCCCCCGCCUAUCCUCAGCAACCUCCACAAGCCCACUACGAUGCGGGCCCCGUAGGCGGCGCAAACACCGAUUAUUACGGAUCUGCUCCGCCGCAGCAGUAUAACCCAAACUACAACCAAGGGUAUCCUCCUCAAGGCUACCCGCCACAAGGUGGAAUGCAGUACCAGCAAGGUCCUCCCCCGCCGGGAAUGUACCAGCAGGGCAUGUAUCCACCCCAAGAUCCAAGAGGAGGAGGAGGCUCGGGAGCUGGGGGCUGUUGUGCGGGUAUCAUGGCUGCGCUGGCAUGUUGCUGUUGUCUCGAUGUGCUGUUCUAAAAGGGAAGAGGCGGACGAGAGGAGGACGAGGAAGAUGACAAGUGCAGGGCGUGAUCGUGGGGAUACGACAGUGGUAGAAGAUGUGUGCGCGGAAAGGAUUGGAGCCCGCUCCUUACAGUACUGCGAGAUAAAGGCAGGGAAUCAGUUCCUACUCUGUUUUGUUCUGUUCUCGCGCGCGCGCAAGGGUUUGUUGAUAGGAGCGAGAUCAGGUAGUACGUACUGUCGGGUAA